AUGGAUUUCGACACAGCUAAGGAAAAUAUACAGCCAUUGCGGCAUGGGAGACGAGCGGAUCUUCUGGAAAUAGCUUUAAAUGAGGAAAAUAAAGAAACAAUGGAAAUGGAAAAACGGCAACAUGAGGACGCUAUAAAAAACUAUGAAGGAAAUGAUCCACUUGAUCCAUGGUAUGAGUACAUCUGCUGGAUCGAGCAAUCAUAUCCAAAAAGUGGAAAGGAAAGUGGUUUAGACGAAGUUAUCUUAAAAUGUAUUGUACACUUUGAACAUGAAACGAGAUACAAGCAAGAUCGCCGAAUGAUUAAGCUUUUCAUAAAAUAUAUCGAUACUCAAAAGAAUCCAAACGAAUUAUACAACCAACUUUAUCAAAACGGCAUCGGAACACUCGUAGCUGAUCUGUACAUUGCUUGGAGCUACUACUUUGAUGCUUUAAAUGAUUUCAAAGAGGUCAAUGCUAUUUUCCGUAGAGGGUUUGAUGCGGGAGCUCAACCUUAUCAGGAAUUGUCACAAGCCCAUGAUGCGUUUAGCAUUUCAAUGUCUAAGAGAAUACUAAAUGAUGAUGAACUUUCCAGAAAGCAAUUCCAAACAUCAUUAGAGGAGAAACGUUCAGCAUUGACUUCUCUUCGAACACACAAGAAAAAAUAUGUCGGAAGCAUACGCACUGGAAAUGCCAUAAAGAAAGCGAAUCCUGGAGUGAUUAACCAAGAAAAUGUCCUGCCAAACGUUAAUAAAGCUGUGGAAGUGCUUGAUGAUGAAGUGUUGGGUGCUCCAUCAGUUGCAAAUAAUGUUUCUGUAAUUAGAAGCAUCAUUGAUGGCUCAAAAACGAAGGAGAAUGAACACGAGCCUGGCCCAUGGACGAAGGCAAAAGCUGGUCACUGUCAGAAACUUUUCUCAAAAACUGGCACAUUACAACUCAGCUUUCCAAUAAUGGACGAUGAAGAAAUUGUUCCAAUUCCUUGCAAGGAAAAAUUAUUUGAGUUGGGAAUUAAGUUGCCGCAAGGAUUUGUGAGUCGAAAUUUACCACAGAAGCCUUGGAAUGUUGCGACUGUUAUCGAAGAACCUCAAGUUCCAAGAUCAAUUCCUUGCUAUGAAAAAUUUCUGUUAUAUCCUCAAUCUCAAGUAGAAAUCUCAGCCGAUGAAUAUCGUGGAUAUAAAUGGUUCAAAGAUCGAAACAUAACAAACAACUUAACCCGUCAAUAUGACAGCAUUUGGGAAAAUAAAUUUGAGACUCCCAUUAGAAUACCGCCAGGAUUUGAAUCGAAGAAUGUUAAGCAAAUUGAGAAGGAAAACUUUGAUCGUUUCAUUCAUGACGAGCAGCACGAAAACUUUCAAAUUAAUUUAAAAAAUAUUUAUCGUUUAGAAGAAAUGUCACCUGAAGAGCUUCUUGGAGAGAAGUUUAAACGAGGCAAAAUUAAAGUGUUAACAGAAGAUGAUUUUGAAGAAAUCUACAACACGAGUGACAUGGAAAUGACGGUAAUUACGGAUCGUCGUCAAUCAAUUUAUCCAUUAUCCCGGAAAUCUUUUAUUCCUCGAAAAUCAGUCAUUCAUAAUGAUCUCUUAGCAGCUUCAAAGUCUGAGAAGAUUGAUCCCGUUAACUUGCCUGCAGAGCCUCAGUCUCCACCUCAAAAACAAUCCACUGGUGCGAUUAAGAAAACGUCAUUCAAAAGAAAGUUUGAUGAUAAUUUAAAAUCUGAAGAUAUGGAUGAUGUCAAAGGAAGUUCAUGCAAACGUGAAUCUGUGGGAGUGACGCCAACACGUUCAACGUUCGAAAAUUUCAAAACACCUCAACCAAUUGAAAAGAAAUCUGUUCGAAUAUUUGAAGUUGAUGAUGAUGAAAUGACGAUGGGCUUAGAUGCCUGUUCAACUCAGCAAUUCAACUUCUUUAUCAAGCAGCAAUCCAUCAGCACUCCAGUGUCGAAAAAAACGGUUCCAAAGCUUGUUCCCUUGGAAGAUGAAGACGCAGCAACACAUGAUAAAACACCAUUAGCACCAACUGCAACUCCUGCUCCAAUCGCAAGUUCACAGACACAACAUGAAAAUGUUAAGCAAUUAUCGACAAUCAUGGAGACUACUGAAACAUCAAAAUCUUCAGCUAGUCAAGGAAGUCACACCGGAAGUGACACGGAUAUGCACACAAAAACUCCAAAAUACUUGCAAAGCUCACAAAAAAUAUUCAAGAAGAAGGAAAUCGAAAAUUCAUUAUUUAAUCCAUUAAUUGCUUCUUUCCGCAUGCCAGAAGAACAAACCGAGACAUGUCCAAAUGUUGCAUUUCCCAUUCGUCUUUUACCCAUCACGAAUUCUUCAAUUACUCCAUGCAAAUCGUUUAUGAUGGAAAACGUUCCUGCUGAUCACAAAUUGGAUGAAGAGAAUUCAAACGAAAGCUCACAAGAUGAAACGUUUGUCCCUCCACCACUUGAGACGUCUGAAGAGUUUAAGCAAAGUUUAGAAAUCCCCGAAACUCAACUUGAAGCAACGAAGAAUCUUCCGAUACCAGAAGUCAUGCCUGAAAUAGAAGCAAAUGAAAUUUCCAUUGCUUCAUUUAAUAAUUUAAAAGUUCAAGUGGAAAAUAUUGAGAAACAACAAGAAACGGAAGAAGUUCAGAAUAAAACGAAAACUGACUUCCGUUUUGAAAUCUAUGAAGAUUCUGUUAGAGAAUGUUUGAAGGCAGAAGACUCAAAUGCUUUAAAGAUUCCAAACGAUCAAGGAACGGAAGUUUUGCAUGCAUCUCGCAAAGAAAAUUUUGCAGUUCCCCCAACUACAGCAAUCACAAAACGAACAGUUUCAGAAGAAUUUCUUGAGCUGCUCGGGUCACCAAUCAAUCCUCAUAAUCAACAUUCAAUGACUCGUCCCAUACCACAAACUGAACGGAACGAAGUCAGCGAUCUUCUGAAAUUCUCUCGUGAUUCAAAAUGUCUGGAAAAUUUCGAAACAACUUUGAAAAAUUUAUCAAUUGAUGACCAGAAAAACGCAACACGAACAAUGUUCGAUGAUGAUUUAAACACAGAAAAGUUUAGUCUGGGAAAUCUUAAAAAUUCGACUUUCAUUAAUGUUAAUUGCAUCAAAAAUCCAUCAAACGAAGAAUUGGCAAUCAAUUUAAGUGUUGAAAUAACACAAGAAGAGAAGCAGAAAUUAAUUGAGAUGACGAAAGGCGAUGACGUGUUUAAAGUUCCAGCAGUUCCCAACAUAAUUAAACCAGUUCAAGCAAUAAAUGUUUCUAAAAAAAUGGAACCAUUUGAAGUUUAUGAAGACAAUGAUGAUGAUGACGAUGAGCUUGGGAAAUCAAUUUAUCAAGAUAAGAAAAGUGAAGAAAAAUUUGAACAAGCAGAAGAUGAAGAAUGGAGUGAUGAUCAGUCUUGCAGCUUUGUUGCUGAUUAUAAUAAUCAAUAUGAGCAUACAAUCAUUCCAAGCGAGAUUGACUUGUCACUCAAAGUUCAAGAAGCAAUCAAAUCAUCGGAAGGAAAUCCUUUUGAUGAAAAUGUACGCAAAGCAAUGUUGGAGCAUUGCAACUUUAGUUUGUAUUUGGAACAACACAUCGACAAUUGCAGUUUAAUGAAAAAUAUUUCAAAAUUGAAGCCGAACAUGUUCAUUGAAGCAGCUAGAAAAGAAUAUCGAAUUGUCAAGAGUAUAGGAAAAGGAAGUUUCGGAGUUGUUUAUAGUGCAAAGAUGACUGAAUCUGGCGAAUUGGUUGCAAUGAAGCAAGAGAAGCCUCCAAACUUAUGGGAAUAUUACAUUUGUGUGGAAUUGAAGGAUCGUUUGAAGAACAAAAAUAUGAUAAAUGCUUUCAUGAGCAUCAAUGGUGCUAUCAUUGGCAAUAAUUCCAGCAUUCUCAUCACACAAUAUUCCCCUCAUGGCUCAAUUAUCGACGUUUGUAACAAAGUUAAGAAGGCAACUAAUAAAAAUGUUGAUGAAUAUGUCGCUUUGGUGAUAACGUCACAAAUUCUCUCAGUCAUCGAUCAUCUGCAUGGCUGUAAAAUUAUUCAUGCCGACAUCAAGCCUGACAAUUUUCUGAUCAUGUCAAAAAUUGAGUUCGGAACGAAAGUUCCAUUCAUUCAGCUUAUUGAUUUUGGAUCUGCAAUUGACAUGGAUUGGUAUAAAGACGAUGUGACAUUUAAUUAUGUUGUUAAGACUGAGAAUUUCACUUGCUGCGAGAUGCUCGACAACAAGCCUUGGACAUAUCAAACAGAUUUGUUUGGCAUUGCUGGGACUGCUCAUGUUAUGUUGUUUGGGAAGUACAUGGAAGUCGAGAAGAAAGGAAUCAUGUGGAGUAUCAAAUCGAAAUUUCCGCGUUAUUUUGUGUCCAAGUUCUUAUGGGAACAGCUGUUUGGAAUGCUUCUUAACGUUAGCAGCUGUAAAUCAAUGCCAAACUUGCAGGAACUCAAAGAUCAAUUCGAGGCCGAGAUUCAUUCGAAAGAAAAGUUUGUUUCUAACAAGGUUUGCGAAUUCAACAGCAUCUUAGUCAAUCUACAUUAA